AGAAUAUUUUGAAAAUAAUAUAAUAUUAACAAAACAUGCUAGCAAAAAUUUUUCGAAUAUUACUUUUUAUAAGUGUCUUAAAAAUACAAAGUAUAAUCUUAAUAUCGGAUUUUUGGGAUCGUGACGAUAUUAAGGAAGAUUUAUCUGCUAUUUACUCCGGUGGGCCUCUCAGUCAAAGAGACGAAAAAAAUAUAUCAGUUACAGAGGAACAAAUAAAACUGUAUUUAUUCACUGAAGAAACUUCCAAAAAUUAUUCCACAACCAAUUUUUCUUAUCCUAUUGAUAAAUGUAAAAGAAUCGCUGUUAUAGUACACGGAUGGGGUGAAGAUGUUAACGUACAAUGGUAUCAAGACUUAAAAAAUGCAUUUUUAAAAAUGUAUCCUAAUUAUUGUAUUCUCGAAGUUGAUUGGUCGUUUCUUUCGAAAAGCGGCUAUCUUACAGCCACAUAUGGCAUUAAAAAUGUUGGAACAAUUUUUGGAGGCUUCGUCUUAAAUUUGUGUAAAAAAUAUUCCGUUCAAAUGUCGAAGUUUUUAUUUGUUGGCCAUUCAUUGGGAGCACAAAUUUGCAGUUACAUAAGCGAAGAGGUUAAGAAAUUAGAUCAGUUAUCUAGAAUUAUAGCUCUCGAUCCUGCUGGUGUUUUAUUUAAUACUAGACCAGCUAAUGAAAGAUUAAGUGAAGACGAUGCUGAGUAUGUAGAGGUUAUCCAUACGAGUGGAGGCACUGCUGGAUUUUUGGAACCUUGCGGUAGAAUUGAUUUUUUUCCAAAUGGUGGAAGCAUUCAACCUGGAUGCGUAGCUGAUUCACUAAAUCCAGCUAAAAUAGUUGCAUGUUAUCAUGCAAGAAGUUAUGAAAUUUUUAUUGAAGCCGUUCUUAACCCCAAAGAAUUUAGAGCAAGAAAAUGCGAUAAUUAUUUUAAAUAUAAACAUAUGUUUUUACCAUUCGUUUCAUGUGGUAAGGAAUAUGUAGAUAUUGGAGAUUUAAAAACCAAGGAAAGUGGGAAUUUUUAUCUUGACACUAAUAGUAAGCCGCCGUAUUCUAAAUAGAUUAGAAGAGGUGCAAAAAUGAGGCAGUUCCAUCUUUAUCAACAAUCACAGUGAUGUUAAGAAUUGAUU